UGCUUUUUCUUUCGCUCUUUUCCUAUUCAUGCUUUCUAGCAUACUUUAAAUUUAUAUUCCUUAUUUUUAGCUUCAAUGGAGCAGACCGACGUUUCAAUGGAGGGACAGAACGAGACAGCCGAGAACAUGGUGCUGGAGACGCUGGCCCUGGAGUCAAAUGACGCCGUUGUGCCGCUGAUUAGUUCGACGCCCAGACGCCCAAUACAGCGACCAAUCUUUGAGAAGCGCAAGCCGCGGCUCAUUAUAACGCAAAUGAUUCUUGAGGACUUCAAAUCGUACGCUGGCACCCAAGUAAUUGGGCCCUUCCACAGGUCGUUUUCAGCCAUCGUAGGGCCCAACGGCUCGGGCAAGUCGAAUGUCAUUGAUGCUCUGCUGUUUGUGUUUGGGUACCGCGCAAACAAGAUCCGGCAAGGCAAGCUCUCUGAGCUGAUCCACAGCUCCAAGCACGGCGGCAACCCGCACCAGUGCUCGGUCGAAGUGCAUUUCCGCGAAAUUCUUGAUAAUGAGGACGGCACGGCCUCGGAAGAUAUCCCCGGCAGCGAGCUGGUUGUAUCGCGGGUGGCUACGAAAAGCAACCAGAGCCGGUACCUGCUCAACGGUGUGCAAAGCACAUACACGGAGGUGACGAAUCUGCUGCGCAGCAAGGGCAUUGACCUGGACCACAAGCGGUUUUUGAUCCUGCAGGGCGAGGUGGAGAACAUUUCGCAGAUGAAGCCCAAGGGGCAGACCGAUAGCGAAGUCGGCUUGCUCGAGUACCUGGAGGACAUUAUUGGCACGGCCACAUACAAGAGCCAGAUCGAGGAGGCACGCAAGCGCGUUGAUGAGUUCAAUGGGCUGCGGUCCGAGAGGCUGCAGCGCGUCAAGAUUGUCGAGCGGGAGAAGGACAGCCUGGAGAGCCGCAAGAACGAAGCCGUCGAGUUUGUCAAGGCCGAGAACGCACUGACGCGCAAAAAGGCGGUGCUGUUCCAGAAGCGGCUACACGAGUGCAAAGCAAAGUUCGACAAGACCAAGGCCAAGUUCGACAAGGUGCUGGCUGACCUCAAUGCCGAGCAGCAGCGCCAGGCCGAGUUCCGCAGCCAGACAAAGUCACUGGAGGAAUCGCGCGACCAAACCACAAAGGAGUGCGAGGUGCUGGAACGCAAGGCCAAGGAGGUCGCCAGCGAGCUGUCCAAGUUUGAGCGCGAGGAGGUGCAGCUGCAGGUCAACCGCAAGCAUAUCACAGGCAAGCUCAAAAAAUUCAAGGACUCGGGUGACAAGGACUCGCACAAUAUCAACAGCCUGAAGAACACGCUCAACACGCUCGAACACGACAUGGAGAGCGGACGCAUGGAGUUGGCGGAUCUGGAGGAGCGGUUGGUGGAGGCUCGGGCGGAGCUGGAGCAGAUCAGCGAGGGGCUGCGCGGCAAGACCGACAUGUUCACGGUCCAGAUCGAGGAGAAGCAGAAGGAGUUGGCCCCAUGGAGGCAGAGGAUUAGCGCGCACCAGUCGCGGCUCGAUAUUGCCCAGACGGAACUCGCUGUGCUGAACGACAAGUUCAGCGCAUCCGGUAAGCAUCUGGAGCAGGCCAAGCACGAGCUCCGGAGGCUGCGCGAGAUGCGCGUCGAGAAGGCACAGUUUGCCGAGUCCAAGGUGGAGGAGCUGGCCCGCAUCAACGAGCAGCUGGAGGAGUCGGACAAGGGCAUCCAGAAGAACGAAGGGCGCUUCCAGGUCCUGCGCGACGCCCUGGGUGACGCGCGGCGCCGGGAGGAGGAGGCGAGGGCGGCGCUGAACGCAACUGAGAGCCAGGGCAAGGUGCUCAAGGCGAUCCUGCAGCAGCGCGACAACGGCUCGAUCGCUGGCAUCUACGGGCGGCUCGGCUCUCUGGGGACAAUCAGCGAAAAGUACGACGUGGCGAUCUCAUCGUCGUGCGGUGGCGGGCUGGACAACAUUGUGGUGCAGACGGUCAAGGCCGGGCAGCAGUGCGUCGAGUAUCUGCGCAAGCACAACGUGGGCCGCGCGCGCUUUGUGAUUCUUGACACGCUGCGCAAAUUCAACCUGGAACCGAUCCACACGCCCGAGGACGUCCCGCGGCUGUUCGACCUGGUCAAGGCGUCGGAUCCAAAGUUCCGCCCAGCGUUCUACCACGCCAUGAGCGACACGCUGGUGGCCAAGGACAUGGACCAGGCGCGACGCAUCGCUUACGGCAAGCGGCGGCACCGCGUCGUCACGCUCGACGGAAACGUACUGGAGACCUCGGGGACUAUGUCGGGAGGCGGCAACCGCGUGGCUCGCGGCGCCAUGAGCUCCAAGCCCAUGCAGGGCGACGUCACCAUGCAGAGCAUCGCGAAGCUGACGGCCGCGCGCGAGUCGGCCGAGCUCGACUACAACGAGCAGCAUGCAGCGCUGCGCAAGCUGCAGGAAAAGCACAAGACGCUGCAGCGCCAGUACGAUGACCUCGAGGCGCUGCUGCCGCGACUCGAGAUCGAGCUCAAGUCUGUCGACGACCAGGUGCAGAUGGCGAAGAAGCGCGCGCGCGACCUGCAGGAGACCCAGGGCAAGCCCGGCGAGGCCGACCUGGCACUCAAGGCCAAAAUCGACCAGAAGAUUACCAACGAGCAGGGCUGCAUUGCCGAGCUCCACGACCAGUGCUCAACUAUCGAGGCUGAUAUCAAGGAGCUGCAGGAAAAGAUCAUGCAGGCAGGCGGGAUCCGCCUGCGCGCGCAAAAGUCCAAGGUCGACGGGCUCCAGGACCGCAUCAAAACAUGCAACGACGAGCUGUCGAAGUGGCAGGUCGCCCAAGCAAAGUCUAGCAAGGAGCUGCAGCGCAUUGAGCGAACCAACUCGGGCCGCGACGACCAGGUGGCCGAGCUCGAGAGCCAGCUGGCCACGGUCACUAAGGAGAUUGAGGCUAAGAGCAUGGUUGCCAUUGAGGUUAAGCAGCGCUGCGAGCAGGCACGUGCGCUGCUGGAGACAAAGCGCGAGGAGUUGGAGCAGGUCAAGGAGGAGCUGGACUCCAAGAUGGAAGAGUACAAUGAGAUGCGCACCAAGGAAGCGUCGAUGAAGCGCAAGGUCGACGAUGCAGAGCGCAUGGUGGCAGAGAGCACGCGAGCGGUCAGUUACUGGAGCAGCGAGCUCGAGCACCUGGCGCUGCAUCCGAUCAACCUGGACGAGAUCGAGGAUCUGGACCGUGACGAGCCAACGAGCCAGCCAGCCAAUGUCGAGCACGCGGACGAUGAGGUCGAGGAUAUGGAUGUUGAUGGAGAGGAGCACAUGCAGCCUAACAGCGCCGAGGCAGCCCUGCCGCAGCUGGCGCCCGAGGAGCUCGAUGAUGUCGAUGCUGCGGCACUGGAGGCCCAGAUCGAACAGGCCGAGGCCCAGCUGCAGCGCACGCGCCCCAACCUCAGCGUGCUGACCGAGUACGUGCGGCGAGCGCGCGAGUUCAAGAAGCGCAUGGGCGAGCUUGAUCAGAUUACGCAGCAGCGCGACGGCGCCCAGAGCCAGAUGGACCACCUGCGCACGCGCCGCCUGGAGGAGUUCAUGACUGGCUUCAACAUCAUCUCGUACAAGCUCAAGGAGAUGUAUCAGAUGAUUACACUUGGGGGCAAUGCCGAGCUGGAGCUCGUUGACUCGCUGGAUCCGUUCUCCGAGGGCCUGGUCUUCAGCGUGAUGCCGCCCAAGAAGUCGUGGAAGAACAUCUCCCACUUGUCGGGCGGCGAGAAGACCCUGAGCUCGCUUGCGCUGGUGUUUGCGCUGCAUCAGUACAAGCCCACGCCACUCUACGUCAUGGACGAGAUUGAUGCUGCCCUGGACUUCCGUAACGUGUCCAUCGUCGCAAACUACAUCAAGGAGCGCACCCGCGAUGCCCAGUUUGUUAUCAUCAGCCUGCGCAACAACAUGUUUGAGCUGGCUGACCGCCUGGUUGGCAUCUACAAGACCGACAACCGCACAAAGUCGAUUGCGCUGGACACAGCACACACCGCUGGCGCUCUGCACGACGACAGCCCCACCGCCGAACCAGCAGCCUCGACGACGGUCCAGUAAAAAUUUUUCUUAUCUCUUUAAAAAAAAUUCAAAGUCC